AUGGAGAAAGAGGUUGGACUGCCGUCUGAGUUUCCAUGUGACGACGAGAUCAAAUUUAUAUGUUUCGAAGACAUGGUAGAUUUUGAGCAUGAUCCUACAAUGGCCAUGUGCUGUCGGCGAGAGAUGCGAGAAAGGACGUCUUUCCAGGUGAAGUUAGAUACGGUGCGAAAAGCCAUGCCGGCUCCAUUGGUCGACAAGUCGCGCAUAUUCUACGAGGAGGAAGUGUUUUGCAAACCAACCAGCAGCAUCCAGAGCAUCCCGAUCCCUGACUAUCCCAACGCCUUGACCGAGGAUGAGAUCGAUCGUGCUUUGGAAGACGUCGACGACGAUGCAGAGCUGAUGAUGAUCCGCAAUGCUAGAAUGGAGGAGCUGGUGAGAAGCAACAAGUCGAACAGCUCCAAGGAGCAGCAGCAACUUGAUGUGCGAUAUGGCGAGGUAGAAGUGACGGAUGCAGGCAAGGUCCUCCAAUUGAUCAUGGCCGGAGUCCAUCUUGUAGUGCUUGUCGACCGAGCCGCUGAACCAGGUUCGUCAGAAGGAGAGCUAUCAGGUGGAAUCCUCAAGAACAUGCGCUCUCUUGCGCAUCAGUUUGUUGGGACGUGCUUCCUUUGCACGACGCUGAAUUCACGGCAAGGGGACGAACUCAGAGGCAGCCUUCACGUGACAGACUUUCCUGCCCUCGUCUGCUGCCGUCACACCGUCAUCGUCUCUCGCGUAAUGGGAGCUGCAUUGAGACAGUUUGUUCUGAUGGACUCGGUCGGCGCUGCCGUGUUUCAAGCUUGGCUGAAUCAGGCUGGAAUCCUUCACAAGAGCAAGGAGGACUGCCAGACUUCAAGGCUGGAGGAGCAACGGGGGAAGAAUUCUGCAGCAUCUCGGCACGACGAGAGCGAGGAUGAGAGUGACUCGGGGUCAGAGGAUGAAGGUGGGUCCUUCCACACGUCGUUCCAGUCGAAGUUGAGGAUUGACCGAGAGCUUGGCUCCAAGACUUUCUCGAGGGCACAGAUGGAUAGAUCAGCGGCUGAGCAGGCACUUGGGCCCAACGUCUGCAGAGAUACAAACUGUUGCCAUAGAGGAUUCUUCCACGAGCACUUGAUAGGCGGGAUCAAGAGCAAGUCGACACCAACCCGGGACAAGCCAGUCCAACUGCAUCCGCACGAUACGCAUUGA